AUGUCCACUAUCCCGUAUCAUCUGUAUGGAGAAGAUCCAGAUGAAGUAAAAAAAAAGUCCUCUAAUUCAUAUCUAAGGCCAUUUAUUCUAUUUUUAAAACGUCUACAAAAUAGAUUAGGUUACAAAAGUUUUAAUCUUAAGACAUGUUCCCUUUUGAUUUUCAUAUUUCUAUUCUAUAUCUUCUGGUUUAAUGAAGGUAUGAUAACUACAUCAUCUCCAUCAUUAUCGCGAACUAGCUCGUCAAACGGAUUGCCAAAAGACCUAAUAACACAAGGAAAAUCUCGUUGGUUUUCAUUUAAGAAGUCUCCAAAGAUUGUUAUUAUUGUAGCCGCUAACGAAGGUGGUGGUGUUUUAAGAUGGAAGAACGAACAAGAAUGGGCCAUUGAGAAGAUUUCUAUUGCCAAUAAGAAAGCCUAUGCUAAGAGACAUGGAUAUGGGUUAACCAUAAAGGACUUAACUACUGCAAAAAGAUAUUCUCAUGAGUAUAGACAAGGUUGGCAAAAAGUUGAUAUUUUAAAACAAACAUUAAGAGAAUUCCCAGAUGCUGAAUGGUUUUGGUGGUUAGAUUUAGAUACUUUAAUUAUGGAACCGGACAGAUCGUUAGAAUCCCAUAUUUUUAGUCGUGUUGAUAAAGUAGUAGAUCGUACAUUAAAAUCUUUUAAUCCAUUAGGUUUGGAAAUUGAUAUACCAUAUGUAGAUUACACUCAAGACUUAGAUUUAUUAAUUACUCAAGAUUGUGGCGGAUUUAACCUUGGUUCUUUCUUAAUUAGAAACAGUGAAUGGUCCAAAUUAUUAUUAGAUAUUUGGUGGGAUCCCGCAGGAUAUGAACAAAAACACAUGAUUUGGGAACAUAGAGAACAAGAUGCUUUGGAAACAUUGUAUGCUAAUGAAGCGUGGAUCCGUUCAAAAAUCGGGUUUCUACCAUUAAGAAUGAUUAAUUCAUUUCCUCCUGGCGCAUGUUCUGAAUUUAGUGAUGAUCCAAGAUAUUUUUAUGAUGAAAAUGCAAGAGAUUUUGUUGUUAAUAUGGCAGGCUGCAAUUUUGGUAGAGAUUGUUGGGGUGAAAUGAGUCAUUAUGCAACUUUAAUGGCUAAAAAGAAUAAGAAAUGGUAUGAUAAACUAUUUUUUUAG